AAAAAAAUCUCCAUUUUCUUCCCAGGGCAGCACCAUUUUAAGAAGCCGUUUGGUGCGUUUCGAACGUUUUGUUGCCGUUCUGUAAAGUAUACAAGAAGUCAGUUGUACCUUUUUACUAUAUUUACGACGCGUCAUUUAGUGCCAAGUGUUCGUAAUUGACCUAGAGGGAAAGAAAGGACACAUUUUACGGCCUUGUCGGAGCAAGCUUUAGCAGAAGCUAAUUAUAGCUGGCUAGCUGUUCUUCGACCAAUGCAACAUUCAUUGAACCUGCAACAGAAGCCAGUCAAAAUGAGUGCUGGAUCUUCUCAAACAGUUAUCCUGAAGAGCACCACCAAAGUGUCCCUGAACGAGCGCUUCACUAACAUGCUGAAGAACAAGCAGCCCACUCCGGUUAGCAUUCGAGCCACCAUGCAACAGCAACAUAUUGCCAGUGCCCGCAAUCGCCGGCUGGCCCAGCAGAUGGAGAAUCGACCGUCGGUGCAGGCAGCUCUGAAUCACAAACAGAGCCUGAAGCAGCGAUUGGGGAAGAGCAACAUCCAAGCCCGGCUGGGUCGACCUAUGGGGAUGGGUAUGCGUGGAGGCGCGGUUGGUGGCAGAGGAGGAUUGCGAGGAAUGACCAGAGGACUUCGCGGAAGAGGCAGAGGAGGAAUGAUGAGAGGUGCUCUCUCCCUGAGAGGAAAGCGAAUGGUUCCUGGUGGCCCCAUGCGAGGUCGUGGCGCUGUUGGUCGUAUGCCAAUGCGAAGAGGCGGCCGUCAGAGAGGAGGAUUUCCUGGCCGAGGUGGACCUAUGGGGAGAGGUGCAGGCCGUGGAGGAGUAUCCAGAGGCCGCGGAGGACUCCGUGGGCGCAGCGGCUUUGCUGGCCGCCGUGGCCGUGGCAGAGGGGUCGGCCGACCCUCUGUGACCCGUGAACAACUGGACAACCAGCUGGACGCUUACAUGUCCAAGACAAAAGGUCAUCUAGACGCUGAAUUGGAUGCCUACAUGGCCCAAGCAGACCCGGAUAGUAUGGAGUGACCCCAACGGACUUAUUGAGUUACUGCAAGAACUGUACGGCUCCUUUAACAUACUGUGUAGUCUUGUUUACUUGUUCUCAAAAAUUAGACUUGUUUUGACAGGAGCAUAAACAGUCCAGGACUCUGUUUUGGACCAGAAGAAAAUCCAGCACUAAAUGGGCUUUUAUCCAAACAUGGUUUCUACAGCAGAUCCUAUAACAUUUGUUUUCGUUCUAGUUGACUGCAGUAUUUUUAUAAAGUUUGAAGAGCUCAGUUGAUUUAAAGUUACUUUUUACACAUCCCCUCCUGGGAGCAUACAAAAGCUACACAAUUGGCACGCUCAAUCUUUUCCUCAAGCAUUUUCUCUGGAAAGGUGUUAAGUUAUGUUCAAGAAUGUGUCAACAAAGCAUUUUCUUCCAGUG